UACAAUCGAUUCAGUCUGGUCGAAUAAGGCAUAAAUGGGUGCCAAUGAAGAUUUAGAGCCUCUCUUUAAGUUUGAUUUCCCCCAUUUUGUUUUGGUAAUUCAAGUUGUUGGUCAAUAUUCUAGUUAGUUUAUUACAGGUACAGUGGUACCACUGCACAUAAUAUAUGUGUCUACUGUCUAUCCUCGCGAUCGUACUGUAAGGUGUGGGGCCAGUCUUACAAAGACUUGCGAUUGAUCCGAUCAAUGGCAAUUACAGAAAGCCAGCAACGUCAACAUCUAAGAUGCAGACAAGUUGAUGUUCAAGAUUUACUUUAAAAAUAUAUGAAGAGACAGUGGUGAGAUCGAGCUGCAUUGAGAGCUGUAUGUAUGACCGAACAACAUGACUCAUCUACUACGAUAUCUUUUGAUAUUUGGUGAUAGAAAAAAGAAAGUUGAGCUCUCGGUGAGGGAGGAGCUAGAGAAUGUGAAGGUAGAGACAUUGAAACAAAAAGCCAGAGAACUAUUCAAUCUCCAGAAUGUCAUUCUUCAGAUCUGGGACAAGGGGUUUGAAGACUGGGUUGACCUUGAUGAGGGUGACCCAACACCCACCAACAGUAGGAUCAAGGUGGAGGUCAACAAAGAAGCCAAAAGUGCAUCGUCCAAUCAAGCAACCUUGUUGGUUCCAACCUCUAAGAUAGGGCCCCCAACAGUUCAAGUUCGGCCAUCCUAUCCAGCAUUUGCAUUGACAACUUUGGAAGUUCCUCAAACAGUUUCUUCACCCCCAUCGUCUAUCAAAUUGCAACAGCUUUCACAUCCUGUGUCCUCUCCGCAGUCCGUUGUGCUGCCUCAGAGGACGAUGUCUGAUGGUCAAAGACAGUAUGGAACUGAACAACCUACAGAAUCACAGACUACAGGAAGGACGUCAUCUUUGACUCAGGGUGGGACUCUAGACGUUGGAAGAAGUAGCAUUGACGGGAGUAAUAAUGCCAUGGGAGGCUGUCAACAUUGUUCGCCAGUCACUUUGCUUUCCCAAGAUAGAUCAGUCCUCGAUCACAUCCAGCAGUCCUUCUCUUUUCCUCCAAGACUGCCUGAGGAAACUUCAACCCGGUCCCUGGAAGAUACGGCCACCCAAACACCAUCAUUGCAUCAGGAAGACCAGCCAGUUGAAGCUUUGAAUAAAUCUGUACCAGGGCAAUACCUGCAGGGUUCAGUAAGAACAGCUAUCAUUCCUUCACCUGACGAUGUGCCUUGCCAAAACACUUCUGCAGAGCAUGGCAACAGACUAGUUGCGGAGACAAUACAGCAGUCUUCUCCUGCACCAUGUAUGAAUAACUUACCAACUCAAGAAAUAACAUUUCCUGCAACUCAUGAUAUUGUGACCAACCCACAAACAGCCACGUGCACAGCCGAAGGUCAAGAGGAUCAUGUAGUCCAGAAGCUGUCAGGCAUAGGCAUGUCACGUGAGACACCUGAAGACAAAGUUGUUCAGGAGUCAUCUUCUGUGCAUUUGUCUAGAACUACAAGGGUCCCAGAGGAAUCCUUGCACUGCUCUCAUAAUCCACUUCAUCAGACCACCCCAAAUUAUGUUAAAUACAAACCAAAUGUGAAUGUAUCCCAGGAGGCGCACUUUGCAAAGGAUUCUGCAGGAAGUAUUUCCUACUCUCAAGACCAUGUCCCAUCUUCUAUUUUCCCUGAAAAUGAGUUAACAAAUUCAGGACAACGAGGACAGGAUGGGGAGCAGAUGCCUGAUGGUGAUCAACCUCCGUUACAGGAUCAUAUUGAUCUGGUUCUCACUGAUUACAAACUGCCUUCGUUUCCUGCUGAUAUCAUCCAGAGACUUGACCAUGGUGCAUGUCUGGAACCUAAGGAGAAGUCCAUUAUCCUGGAUACAAUCUUUGAGAGUGUCAUUCCAUUUACAUAUUACCCAUCCAGGUCAGACUAUACUUACUUGACAAAAAAGCUCUUGGAGCAGCAUCCAAAGCUUCUACCUCAAGUUGGCGCCAUCCAAGAUUUUCAUUAUCAAUGGGAGGCAUGGAGACAGAAAUUGAUGUACAAGUUUAAGAACAGGCGUAAACGCCAGGACAGAGAUGCUCCCAGUGUACGGCACUAUAAGCGCAUGAAGGAAGGGGAAUUAGACCAGGACACGACUGCUUACUCCAACACAGCUCAUGAGGAUAUAAGUUGUCGUAAUGGGGCUGAUGAUGAGGUCUCUGAAGCAAUGGUUGAUGAGGAACUUGCAGGAGUUUGCCAGAAAGACUCUUUAAAAACUUGCAUGGACAAAGAUAUGAAGGCUAAUCAAUGUGACACACAAGAUGUUGCUUCAGAAUGUCCGAAUCAACAGCUGAGCCCUCAGCCUGCGAGGAUUCCAGAAAGGAAUGACCAUUCUUUAGACCCACCCCAGCAAUGUAAACCUGCACAAUCGCACAAUGAUCUUGUGAUGGCCUGUGUCAUGGACUCUGUGUCUUCUUGUGUAGACUUGGAGGAUUCUGGGAUUGCUGAUAAAGGCAUACCUUUGUCUCAGAAGGAUGGCUAUCACCAGGAGCCCACUUCACACCUCCAAAUUAGGUCUGUUAUAGGGGCCUUCCAUGAGUCUAGUUCAUCAAUUUGUAAUGAAGUUUCCAGGUUACCGAGAAGUAAUUUACAGAUGUCUGAACACCACACUAAAGACAGUGUUCCUAGCUGUCAACCAACCAUGCCAUCUUCACAAAAUAAACCAACCAUGGAAGUUGAAAUGCUGCCCGGUUGUUCAUCAUUGUAUGGACAGAUUUUAAAGAGUUGUGGCAGUGCACUUCUCCCCUCGAGAGAUUAUUCCACUUCUGUCCAUUCCCACAAGAAUGUACCCUCCAGCACUGGACAAGAGCAGAGGCUGACGGAAGGUCCACGUGCCCAGAGCCCCACCUUCGUCUUUCCCGAAAGACCAUCACUCUCUGGUUACAAACUGCCAGAAUUCACUUCUACUAUCAAUAGAAAAAUCAAGAAUUGCAUACCUAUAGAAAGCCAUGAUAGAUCCAUUAUUUUGGAUACGCUGUAUGAAAGUGUCAUUCCCUACACAUUUUAUCCAACUGCUGCAGAUUACAUCUAUUUGACAAGCAUCUUUUUGAAUCAGUAUCCACAGCUUUUCAGCCAGGCCGGACCAACGCGUGCUGGAGCAGAUAAUUUUGAGGCUUGGAGACAGAAACUGAUGUACAAGUUCAAGAACAAGCGGAAACGCCAGGACCGGGAUGCUGCAGCUGUACAAGAACGUACCCGUAAGAAAACUAGGAAUCCUGAGAGUUUAGACAAAGGUAGCAGUGGACUAAACUCGGGUGACAUAGAUCUGGUAACCAGUUAUUUUUCUGAUGAUGCUGCUGCCGCUGCUGCUGAUGAUGAUGAUGUCCUGGAAGUGAUUGAUGAUGAUGAAGACAUUGUGAUCAAAGAAGAAGACACUACAUACCAUGUAAUGGCUGCAGAUACAACCAAGAUUGAUGAUACACCAAUGAGUGAAGCAGUCAAGGAGUCGAACUCUGUGCCUUUGAACAGCACUAGGAAUCCUGAUAGAAACCUGCCCUGCUCACAGAAUCAGCACUCCAAUCCACCAAACACUUUACUCUUACAAAACCAACCAGUCAAGGAAGUCAUCCAAGAAUCUUCAUCCAUGCAGCGAUCAGUCUAUCCAAGACCUCCAGAAAGGACCUUACCUUCUCAACAUCCUGGAGUCAAGGGGGGCCUACCAACCAACUUGGGCAGGGGAGAUAAUCAAAUAGAAACUCACCAAAGACAGAGUUCUCCAACAUUCAGACCAGAAUCUUUGACACUCUAUGAUUAUAAACUCCCAGAGUUUCCUUCUCACAUCAUUCAAAAACUGAGUUGUGGUAUGCAAUUAGCUACCAAAGACAUAUCUACUCUGCUGAACAUCCUCUAUGACAGUAUCGUGCCUUACACCUAUUAUCCAUCUGCUUCAACUUACAACUAUAUUACAAAGAUGUUAUUAGAACAGUAUCCACAACUUCUCUCCCAGACUGGCCCCAUGAAAGAUUGUCCGGACAGCUGGGAGGCAUGGAGACAGAAAUUGAUGCACAAGUUCAAGAACAGGCGCAAGCGCCAGGACAGAGAUGCUCCCGCCGUACAACAACGAUUCCAUAAGAAGUAUAGUAAUAUUGAUGGACUUGAUGAAUUUCCAGGUGAAAGUGAACAAGACCUGAAUGAAGGCAGAGAUUCUGAUUGGAUUGAAAAGGAUGAUGAUGAGGGUAUUGUCUUUGAGGUGGUGGAUGAUGAGGAGGAGGAGGACAUAGUAGUUAAAGAAGAAAACACCACUAUGGCCGCAGACACGACCAACCUUGGUAGUCCAUCAGUCAAGAGAACAGUCCAAGAGUCUGUUUCUUUGCCUUCGUACAUCCAGAGUUCAAGGAGCACUGAAGAUGAUCCAAUUUACCAACCAAGCAUUUCAAUGUCACAAGGAAAACUAGUCAAUGAAAUCAUCCUGGAGUCUUGUUUCCCACAACCAUCAAUACAAGUGUCCAGACACCCAGAGACUAUCUUGCCUUCCUACCAAGAAGGUCUUCAGAGCACCGAGAAGACCUUCUCAUCAAGCUCAAUGCAAAGAGAGAUGCAGAUAGAAAACGAACAAAGGAAGCGUUCUCCAAUUGUACGACUAGAAAGCUCAAAACUCCGCGAUUAUAAAUUACCGGAGUUUCCUUUUAGCGUCCUUCAUAAACUGGAUCGUGGCAUUCCAUUAGCUACCAAAGACGUAUCUAUUCUCCUGAAUACCAUGUAUGAGAGUAUCAUUCCAUACACCUAUUACCCAACCAAAUCAGACUACAACUACUUUACCAAGAUAUUACUGGAACAGCAUCCACAACUUCUUCGCAAUGGCCCCAAACAAGGCAAUUGUCCAGAUAACUGGGAGGCAUGGAGACAUAAAUUGAUGCACAAGUUCAAGAAUAAGCGGAAGCGCCAGGACAGAGAUGCUCCCGCUGUACAAGAAAGAGCACGUAGGAAAUUUGAUGAUCUAGAUGAAUUCCAAGGUUUCAGAGAAGACACCUUGAAUGAAAGCAGAGAAUGGAUUAGCGGUGAUCAUCAUGAACAGGAUGAUGAAGAUGAGGUCUUUGAUGUGAUGGAUGAUGAUGGGGAUGUUGUAAUUGAAGAACAAGACACCACAUACCAUGUCAUGGCUGCAGACACAACAGAUAUUAGUUUUCCACCAGUCUCUAGAACAAUUCCAGAAGCUAGUUCUUUGUCUCCGUACAUCCAAGGCUCAGGGAACCCUGAGAGAAACCUUCCAGUUUCACAAGAUGAUCAGAUUCACCAACCAAGUGCUUCAUUUUCACAAACCAGACCCAUCAAGGAUGUAACUCAAGAGUCUAGCUUAUCGCAAACACCAUUGCAAGAAGCAAGACUCCCAAAGACGGCCUUGCCUUCCUUCCAAGUAGUUCCUCACUCGGCUACAAUUGAUGAGGACUUGCCACAAAGGAAGAGUCCUGCAACUUUAAGACAAGAAAGGUUGUUUCUGUAUGAUUAUAAACUCCCAGAGUUCCCUUCUCACAUCAUUCAGAAACUGGAGUGCGGUGUUCAAUUACCUACCAAGGACAUUUCUACUCUGCUGAACAUCCUCUACGAGAGUAUUGUGCCAUACACCUUUUACCCUACUACAUCAGACUACAACUUCUUUACCAAGAUAUUAUUGGAUCGUCACCCAAAGCUUCUCACUCACGCUGGACCAAAGGGAGGCAAUCAUCCUGAUAACUGGGAGGUGUGGAGACAGAAAGUGAUGCACAAGUUUAAGAACAAGCGUAAGCGGCAGGACAGAGACGCCCCAGCUGUACAACAGCGAGCCCACAGGAAGUUUGGGUGUUACGAAGGACUUGAAGAACUGCCAGGUUCCAGUGGACUACACCUGAGCGGAGGUGACUGGAUAACCAGCAGUUGUCCUGAGGAGGAGGAGGAUGAAGAUGUUGGUGAUGUCUCAGAGGGGAUGAUUGAGGUCAAGGACAUCAUUAUCAAGGAAGAAGACACAGAAUACCAUGUCAUGGCUGCAGAUACAACCAAUGUUGGAGACACUUGAAAGCUGUGACCAUUCAGUUAGAUGAGAAGUGGGCCAACUGGUUCGAGUGGCAGUUGAUAUCAUCUAGAUGACCCCUGAGGCCAAUGGUGCUGCCCUUUUAACUUUGAGGAUGAUGAAUGAUAGUCACAGAACAAUGUUUCAUAUCUGCUGCUACUAAUAGCACUUGAGAUCAAGGCAUCAUGAUCAUGGGGCUGUUUCAUGAAACUUGCAAUAACAUUUAGAAGCUACUGAAAUCAUUCAAUGUGGUUGGCUGACAGUAAUUGUUCAUUUCUGAAACAGGACCCAGAAUAUGAAUAAGAUAUUAAAUUGAUUCAUCAGCAAGACAUCAUAAUCCUGGACCUAUUUAUCUCGAGGACAGGAAGGAUCUAAUGGAUGACCUUUGACCACUGUUAUUUUUAGCACUAAAGGUUUGCAAAGAUAUUCAAUAUUCAUAUUUCCUUUGGUCACCUCACCAUUAAGAAGACAAGUCAUGAUGAUGACCCUUGACCCCACUCAAAUUAAUAACACCAGAGAUCUGCCAACUUCCAUCCAUUUUCCUAAUGCACCAGGUUUAAGGUCAUUACAAUGACUCUUCUCUCACAUGGGAAAGCUUGGCCUUAUCUAGGCAGGGAGGGGGAUGCUCUAAGACAACGUAUGAAUUAUGAAAAUAGUGUCAUGCUAAUGCGUACCAAUAUUCAAAGCUAUAGGAGCCCCCCAUCUGCCUGUAUUAUUUAAAAACCAAGAUAACCCAGCCUAGUCUGGGUUCAAGAUCUGGGGGUGGUGGUUGAUUUCAUGCUUACCACAUAAGUAGCUGUUUUUUAGAUGAAAAAAUGCGUUCAUAUAUGACGGAAUAAUUAUACUUUUACAUUUGGCAUGAAUGUUAGAGGGCAAAGUGAAGAGCAGAAUAACACUGUUUGAUAAUGAUAAUUCAAAAUAUUUGUAUCGUUAUUAAUGUGACAGUUUUGAAUCCUAUUGUGCAGGAAAUCAUAAGCUCAGAAUUCAAGUAGAAAGAAAAAAAAAAUCAUUUCAGAAUUUCAUGUUUAUUUAAAAAGAUCAAGAGAAGAUAUAAUCCAAAAGUAUAGUGUUGAUGUUGAUCUUGAGUCUCCUGCCUUCUUUAAAAGUUCUAGUUAAUGUUUGUUUUUAUUGUUUUUAUUUUUUUUAUUCUUAUUAUUUUUUUUUUGGGGGGGGGUGAGUCUUAACAUUUGUUUGAGUUAAAACUUGUCUGACUUAAAAUAUCUUUUGCUCAUAUAUCUGUAUAAUUCCCAUUUUUCGGUGAAUUCUAUUUUAAUGUUAAAAAGUUACUCCUUUUUUCCAUUCCUCAAUAAACUUGAGGUUUAUUUAUCAAGGUUAUCUAAUGAAGAUGUGAAUAUAUCUUAUUGGCUUUUUUUGCUGUGUUUGUCUUCAUAGCAAGUGAACAGUCCUUUUUCACAACUCAAGGAAAGUUCAAAAUCCUGUCAUUCUACAUUAUUAUUAUACAGAGUUUAAUGAUAAAGAGUAGCAGGAUUUUCUAUGUUCACAUUAUUGCCCUGAAUAUAGAAUAUACGAAAAGGACAAAAAAAUAUAUUGGGGGAGGGGGUAAUUUGAAUGUUUUUUAUAACUGAUGAUCGAGUGAUCCUAUCUUUAAUUAAUCACCCAAAAUCUACUGUGUGCCUAAAUUUGAAUAAUUGUUUGGAUAACACUAGCCCCCCCCCCCUUGUCAGUGCAAUCAAUUAGAUAUGAAAUGUUUUUAUAUUUUGAUAUUCUCUUUAUAGUUAUAGGAGAAGAUAAAUUGUGUUUUCUUGAAUGAUGUUGUGUACAUUGAUACAAACAUAGUGUUGAUUAUAUUUACUAAUGUGUUAUUAAAAUUGUUAAAGAACGAUAAA